ACCCAGUCUUUAAUCAGGAAAGAGAUAGUUAGUGCUCAAUAUUUGGCUGCCAUACAGAGUCAAGCACCUAAAAACCACAUAGAGGCAAAGGUUCUGGGACUCUGGGAACAGUAUCUCUGAGAGAAUCACUGCUCUCUCUCCAAAGAAUAAUAGAACAUAGAGAUCUUAUAUACCUUUUGGGGAAUUAAACACAGCAAACAUACACUGACGAGUUAUAAGCUGACUUGGGAAAGAGAGGCUGUAGCCAGAGGCUGGAGUAUCAGGAAGUCUGCUAUAAUGGAUGCUAAAAGGAUGUGCUGUCCAGGUAUUGGUCUUCUUGGGAAUGGAUCUUUGAUACAAUGGGGGAAACUUCUAAGACUAAAAGGGUGAUCGAACAUUUCUAUUACGCCUAUUCAGGACACUUAACGGGCCCUGAGAGAUCCCUUAUUCAGUCUAAGACAGUCACUUUGAGACUUUCCUUAAAGUAAGUUCCCAAAGGAAAUGGGCAAACUUGGGGCUUCCAGAAUUCAUGUCGACACAGCAAAGAUACAGAAGAAGUUUGUCAAUUCCUUCUCCAGCUCAUUUUACAGAUAAGGAAACUAAGGCAAACAGGGUGAAAUAUCUUGCCAGUGUCACACAGCUAGGAAGUGUCCGAGGCUGAAUUUGAACUCAGGAAAUCUUUCUGAUUAUAGGCACAGUACUCUAGCCACUGACCCAUCUAGCUGUGACAAAAAUAAUUAGCAUUUAUAUAAUGCUUGCAAAGUUCUUUACAAAUAUUCCAUUUGACCCUGACAACAGCUCUAAGAGGUAAGUGCUAUUAUUAUCCCCAUUUUAUAGACAAAGAAACUGAGGCAGAGGUUAGAUGCCUCCAUUUGAACUAUUGGUCUCCUCCCUUCUAGCUCCUUAAACCUGUCCUCUCUCUACCACAAUAAAAUCAAAAUAACCAACUUGCCUUUAUUUUGUAGAUACUGUAUUUACAUGUAUAUAGAUCUUUAGCUCUGGGGAAAUUCUAAGAGCUAACCAAGUCUAUUGUACCCCUCUUCUGCAGACAAGGAAACUGAGGCACAAAGCCAUUUAAGAAAUUUGCCAACAAUUGGCAAGGACUUAAAUCCCCAAGUCCAAUAUACCUUCUCUGUAAGGAGCAUGCAGUACCUAGGUGGUUCAUUGAUUCGGGAAGUCCUGAGUUUGAAUUUUGCCUCACACACUAGCAAAUGGCUCUAUCGGCUUCAGUUUCCUCAUUUAGAAAAUAGGGGGAAGAACAGCACCAACCCUAUAGGGUGCCCGGGAGAAUCAGAAGAGUUCACAGUAGGUGCUUCACCAGCUGGCGGCUGAAGACUAGAUAGUAGCAGAGAGGAAACUUGAACCCCAGCUGACCUCGGCAGCAGGAAGAAGUCGUUCGCUUCUUCUCGGGCUAGAGGUAGUUAUUGCAAAGCUCUGUCCCUACGUUUACUAAGGCCCACAAUGUGCCCCGAUGACGCAGGACCAGGCAGCUCGGGUAGCAAGCCCAGCUGUCCCGAGCCAGUGCUCCGGCAGCAGCGUCGCGGCAGGACAGCCACAUCAAUCAUUGGGCCUCAACCGCAACCUUCCAGCAGGUUACUUUGUGGUAACUUUGCGAAGCGGCUGGGUCGCAGAGAUACCGGGCCAAGAGCCGAACCCCAUCCCCGUCUCCGCAUUGGACAGAGGUGGCAUCCAUCCCACUCUCUUUUGCUUCCAUUGGCGGGGCGUGUUGGACUGGAGAAGGCUGCUGGAGGCCGAGAGAAAGGCGUGUGACGUUUCCAUCUUUAUUUGUUGUGGGGGAUUCGGGAUAUUAAUGGCUCAGCCUCAGCCCGCGAGGCCUCGGCAGCGGCCAUUGGCAGCUCGGGUUCCAACUUGAUUAUUCAUGAGCCGAUCCCUCCCUAGGCUCGGUGCCCCAACUUCCCCGAGCCAGCAGCAGCUGCGCAGAAGGGCCGGCUGGCGACAGAGGCGGGGCCGCGCAUAAAUUAGUCAAAUGCAGCGGGCGCGGGGCGGGCCGGGAGCCCGGCGGCGGCAGUGGCGGCGGUGGCAGCGGGGCAGGCGAGACAGCCGAAGCGAGUGAAGAUGGCGGCGGAGCGGAGCCGCUCCCCGAUGGGUUCGCCGGUGCCAGCUUGUAUGUUCGCGCCGGAGCCCAGUCCCCCGGGUGCGGCCCGUGCUGCGGCCGCCGCCGCCCGCCUUCAUACAGGCUUCGACUCGGACUGCAGCGAGGACGGGGAGGCGCUCAACGGCGAGCCGGAGCUGGACCUCACCAGCAAGCUGGUGCUAGUAAGCCCAACAUCAGAGCAGUAUGACAGCCUCCUUCGGCAGAUGUGGGAGAGGAUGGACGAGGGAUGUGGAGAGACCAUCUAUGUCAUUGGGCAGGGAUCAGAUGGGACUGAGUAUGGACUGAGUGAGGCAGACAUGGAGGCCUCAUACGCCACCGUCAAGAGCAUGGCCGAACAGAUGGAGGCAGACGUCAUCCUUCUCCGAGAGCACCAGGAGGCUGGUGGUCGUGUACGGGACUACCUUGUCCGGAAGCGGGUUGGAGACAAUGACUUCCUGGAGGUCAGAGUCGCUGUGGUGGGCAAUGUGGAUGCAGGGAAAAGCACACUCCUGGGAGUCCUGACUCACGGGGAGCUGGACAAUGGCCGAGGCUUUGCUCGGCAGAAACUCUUCCGACAUAAGCACGAGAUGGAGUCUGGCCGCACCAGCAGCGUGGGCAACGACAUCCUGGGCUUUGACAGUGAGGGCAAUGUGGUGAACAAGCCUGACAGCCAUGGGGGCAGCCUGGAGUGGACCAAGAUCUGUGAAAAGUCCACCAAGGUCAUCACCUUCAUAGACUUGGCCGGCCAUGAGAAGUACCUGAAAACCACUGUUUUUGGCAUGACUGGCCACCUGCCCGACUUCUGCAUGCUCAUGGUGGGCAGCAAUGCUGGGAUUGUGGGCAUGACCAAGGAGCAUCUGGGCUUGGCACUGGCACUCAACGUUCCUGUCUUUGUUGUGGUCACCAAGAUUGACAUGUGUCCUGCCAACAUCCUGCAAGAGACCCUGAAGCUGUUGCAGCGCCUGCUGAAGUCUCCAGGCUGCCGCAAGAUCCCUGUGUUGGUACAGAGCAAGGAUGAUGUGAUUGUGACCGCAUCCAACUUCAGUUCUGAGAGGAUGUGCCCCAUAUUCCAGAUCUCCAAUGUUACAGGAGAGAAUUUAGACCUGCUCAAGAUGUUCCUGAACCUGCUGUCUCCACGUACCAGUUACCGGGAAGAUGAGCCUGCCGAGUUCCAGAUUGAUGAUACAUACUCUGUGCCGGGAGUGGGGACUGUGGUGUCGGGGACUACCCUGAGGGGCCUCAUCAAGCUGAAUGACACAUUACUGCUGGGUCCUGAUCCCCUGGGCAACUUCCUGUCCAUUGCAGUGAAGUCCAUUCACCGAAAGAGGAUGCCAGUGAAGGAGGUGCGCGGAGGCCAGACAGCCUCCUUUGCUCUGAAGAAGAUUAAGCGCUCAUCUAUACGGAAAGGCAUGGUCAUGGUCUCUCCGAGACUGAAUCCCCAAGCCUCCUGGGAGUUUGAGGCAGAGAUCCUGGUCCUCCAUCAUCCCACCACAAUCAGCCCUCGAUACCAGGCAAUGGUGCAUUGUGGGAGCAUCCGGCAAACUGCCACCAUCUUGAGCAUGGACAAAGACUGUCUGCGCACUGGGGACAAGGCCACCGUACACUUUCGCUUCAUCAAGACUCCCGAGUAUCUGCACAUAGACCAGAGGCUGGUAUUCCGAGAAGGUCGCACCAAAGCCGUGGGCACCAUCACCAAGCUUCUCCAGACGACCAACAAUUCACCAAUGAAUGCCAAGCCCCAGCAGAUCAAGAUGCAGUCUACAAAAAAGGGGCCCUUGCCCAAGCGAGAUGAUGGGGGGCUGCCUGGUGGACCAGCCACAGGGGCACCUCCUGGAGAGGAAGCUUCCCAGCUCGGGGCCAGCCAGCCAGCCCCUUCCAGUGUCCUUCAGCCACAGAAUGCCCAGGAUGAAGAGCCCCUGUGUCGAGAGGGCACCAAGCCCAAGCCCAGCAGUGGGGGCCGUCGACGGGGAGGCCAGAGGCACAAAGUGAAGUCCCAGGGGGCCUGUGUGAUGCCAGCCAGUGGUUGCUGAGCCCUUCGUGGCUCCACUCACCCACCCAUCCAUCCCUGGAGCCUCCUGUCCACCACCUCCUGUCAUGAUGAACCAGAGCAGCCGUAACUACACAAACCCAGCACCCACCUUCAGCUCCUUCCCCCCCUAGUGUUCCCCACAGGAUUGUAAUUUAUAAGCUCAAGAAGGGGGCCAAAGGAGUGCGGGACUGACCAGCCCCCACUUUCCUCCUGGUCCCUUUGCCCUCCCUUUCCCUGACACAUUUUUGUACAUCUUGGGCCCUUAGUUUUUAUUCCUUUUUAUUAUAUAUAUAAAUAUAACUAUAUAUAGUAUGUGUGUGUGCACGCAUGUGAGCGUGUGUGUGCGCAUGCAUAUGCAUGUGCAUGCAUGUGUGCGUGUGUAUGUAUGUAUGAACGUAUGUAUGUAUGUAUGUGUGAAGAUGGAGGCUGGGCCAGGUAGCAAGACCCAUCUCUCUUCUCUCCCCUUGCCUCAACCAUUUACUUACAUCCUCAGGGGUUCUCAGAUUCAUGGGGCUUGAGGCAGAGUGGGGGGGUGGGGAUGGGGGAGACACUGCACUCUUUGCCCUUUGCUGGGACCUAUUCCCUGCUCCCUGCUGCCCUUGAGAGCAGCAAGAAUGGCCCCUGGGAUGGGGAGAGGCUGCUCUGCACAGUGGCCACCAAAGCAGGGGUCCUCUGGCCCUUCCCAUCUGCUAUUUUUAAAUGGGGGAAGAGAGUGGAAGGGGCAACCCUCCCCUCCCCUUCUCUUUCCUUCCUUUUUUUUACUUUUAUCUCUUUCUAGGUAUCCCCCCCCCCAAAAAAAAAAGAAUGCCCAAAGCGCUUAACUCCUAAUCGGUCAACUGGAGGGCUUCAUUCAGAUUGGCUUUAUAUGCACCCCUCAGCCUUGCUCCAGAUGGCUGCCAGUUCUUUCUCUUUGGAGACAAUCCCCCUCCCCACCCCUUUUGCCCUUGCCUGUGCUUGGCAAUCCCAAGGGGAGCCCACCCUCCAAUCUUUUGGUGUGGCAUAUCCCUUGGAAUUAGCUUUGCUUUGGGGAUUCUAGAGGAUUCUCCCCAUCUCCCUUCACCAUGGCCUAGAAGUGAGGCCUUCAGCUUGCUCAGGAUUGUGUUGUUGACAUCUUUUGUGGGUCGGGGGAUCCCCUCCCCAAGUGGAUGGAGCAGCUGCUUCUAUUUCCCUCCUGAGCUAUGCUGGUCCUCUGGACCCCAGCCACCCUACCAUCUUCCCCAUCCCUACCCUCAUUGUGGCUGCAACUGGAGCUGCGUUUUGGCUUACUUCAAGGAAGCCCCUAGCAGUUUGGGAGUCUCUGGGUGCUAAUAGGAGUGGGAAGGAUUCUCCAAGGCUUGACUCAGAGCAGGCAGUUCAAGUAGGGGUGCUUCUGUGCCUCAGAGAUGCCCGGGCUGGCUUUCGGACGAGCUCUGGUGGCAGCCUUGGGAUGCACUUAUCAUUUAGUCUUCCCUUUAGGGAGGACCAACAGCCGGGGCUUGGACCCUGUCCCGUCUGGGGCCUCCCUUAGCUCUUCCUCUCUUCCCCCCUCUGGUCCCGCCUAUUUCCACUAGAAGACAAGGCCCCUUUCCCAGACUUGUCUUCACUUCCCUCCCUUGUCCCCAGGACUUUCUCCCAGUUACCAACCAGCAUUUAUGGACCGGCCAGACUGAUGUCCAAAAUAAAAGUUUGUUCCAAGUUGAA